CAUGGCAACCACCAACCGCUCCGCCGUGAUCCUCCGCCACACCGCCAAUUUCCUGUCGGAAAACCUCUCGCAGUCCGAUCUACGCCACAAGCUCUCCUCCAUUUUCCUCCAGAGAAUCCAUUCCUCCGACCAAACCACCCGCAAGCACCUAAACCUGGCAGCUGAAACAAUCGAAAAUGCAAUAAUUUCCGCACCCAACAACACCUCCGUCAAAACUUCAUCUCUCCGCCUCGCCGAGAAGGUCCUCCUUUCUUUCGCCGAAAUCCCGUUUUCCUCCUACCUUUUGUCGCUCGUUUACGCGCUGUGCAACCGCCCCGUUGAUGCUAGUCUUAGGCUUCUCGACGUCUUCUGCAUUGACCCUUCAUUAGCCAGAUUAGAAAUUGCACCCCACCUGUUCGAGGAAUUGUUUCUUGUGCAUUUACUUCCUGUUCUUCAAUGGAAAAACGAGCAGAAAUCUGUGAUUUUAUCAUCAUUGGAUUCGGACUACACUAGUGAUGAUCAGUCAGUUAUUGUGUCAGCUACGAGGCUGUCAACCAUGAGCGGGGAUCAAGCUUCCGACUUGAAAGAUUUGGAGGGAAAUUAUGAGGAGAUCCUUGACGAGAAUUGCAGAGCUUUUGCAGAGUAUUUCAUGGAGGUUUUGCAAAAUGAAGAUGGAAACAAAUUGGUCGAUCCGCCUCCUGUAGUACUCGGAAAGAACAAAAUGGCUGAGAAAUUUCAUCACAGUGAAGAUGAGGAGAUGGAAAUCGGAGGAUUCAGAUUCAAAAAUGGCCGGUAUAAUCCUUUAUGGGCUGAUUCAGUGGAAGGAGGUAAACUGGAUGAGGUGAAGAGCAACAGAAGAGCCAAAAGUUUAUCCAAGUUUCCAUCAUUUUAUCCUCAAAGGGUAUCUCCAAGAGCAAUAGCAAGGCAGAGAUCCAUAAAAAAAUCUGAGUAUGAAUCAGCAGAAUCCUGUUCCAGUGACAACCUGAGUGACUCUUCCUCCUCAGAUUCUGAAGCUGAAAAAGAGGAGAACAACAAAGAGAUGUCACUGUUUCACUCUAGACAAACCAAGCCCAAGAAACAACAAAGGCAGCCUCUAUUGGGAGAAUCAAGCCGCCCUCCAGAUUCUUUGAUGGGAGAUUUUGAUAGUCCUCAAGGCAGUGGAAAGUAUGCCCCUCCUAAGGACUUUGUUUGCCCCAUUACUACUCAGAUAAUGUAUGAUCCUGUGACUCUUGAGACUGGCCAGACUUAUGAAAGAAAAGCAAUCCAAGAAUGGCUUGAUAGGGGGAACUCCACUUGCCCAAUUACGCGUCAGAAGUUGAUGAACACUCGGCUUCCUAAAACGAAUUAUGUGCUCAAACGCCUCAUCGCGAGCUGGCAAGAACAGCAUCCAAGUCCAGGUUUAGGCCCUGAAAAUGAGCCAAAUUUCCAGGGGGUUAUGCAUUCAGUUUUUCAUGGGAAUGUGAUAGGCAAUGCUGUUAUAGAUGCCACGGUUAAUGAUCUUCACCUUGCAAUCACUAAUCUUUGUACAUCAGAGAUUCUUAAAGAUUCUGAGAUGGCAGUUCUCCAGAUUCAGAGGUUUUGGCAGGAAGAUAAUGCAGGGAAGGAGAUUCAAACACUGCUUUCGAAACCUCCUGUCAUUAACGGCUUCGUGGAGAUCCUUUUUAACUCGGUUGAUCCUUAUGUCUUGAAGGGAACGGUUUUUCUCCUUGCUGAGCUAGGAUCAAGAGACAAUAGUGUUAUCCAGACUCUGACUAGAGUUGAUACUGAUGUGGAAUGCAUUAUAGCCCUUUUCAAGAAAGGCUUGCUCGAGGCCGUGGUGCUUAUUUGUCUGUUAAAGCCUAUUGCAAUGAAUUGCUUCGAAACGGGCAUGUUGGAUUCGCUGUUAGCAGUUCUUAACUGCAGAGAGGAGGAUAUGAUCAAAAUGUGUAUGAAGCCAAAAGCAGCUUCGGUUCUCCUCUUGGGACAAUUUCUUAGAACCACUGAGGAGGAGGAGAAGGCUUCUGAAACUGUUAAGAUGGUAAUUUCUGCACAAUUAGUCGAGUCGAUUAUAGGCAGCUUGGAAGCCGAGUCCAUGGAAGAAAGAAAAGCAGCUGCACUUAUCUUGCUGAGAUGCAUGCAGACCGAUGGGGAGUGCAGGAAUGUAAUUGCUGAGAAAGCCGAAUUAACUCCUCUUCUCGAGAGCUUCAUCGAGGCAAAUGAUGGAGAGAGGUUUGAGAUUGUUCAAUUCCUGUCUGAGCUGCUUAAACUCAACAGAAGGACGUUUAUUGAGCAGCUCUUGCAUAUCAUCAAGAAUGAAGGAAAAUACAGCACAAUGCACAGCCUUCUCAUGUAUCUGCAGAAUGCUCUCCAAGAUCAAUGUCCCAUCAUUGCUGGCUUACUUCUCCAGCUUGAUCUUUUGGCCGAACCAAGGAAGAUGAGUAUAUACAGAGAAGAAGCCAUUGAUACAUUAAUCUCAUGUCUCAGAAACUCAGACUUCCCUGCUGCUCAAUUAGCCGCUGCUGAAACAAUUUUAUCCCUUCAAGGAAGGUUUUCGUGCUCCGGGAAACCCCUUCUCCACGCUUUUCUUCUCAAGCUUGCAGGAAUUGACAGAAGUUAUAAAUCUCUGAUGCAAUAUCAUCAUGGUGAUUCUUCUGAUGAGAAUCCAGAUAACUCGGAAGAAGAGAAGGCUGCUGAGGAAUGGGAAAAAAAGAUGGCAUUUGCUCUAGUGAGUCAUGAGUUUGGACUUCUCUUUGAGGCUUUAGCAGCAGGCUUGCAAAGUAGAUAUGAGGAUAUAUUCUCAGCCUGUUUCGUUUCGGCUGCUUGGCUUAUACACAUGAUCAACGUUCUCCCCGACACGGGGGUAAGAGGGGCAGCAAGAGUGUGUUUGUUGAAACCAUUUGUGUCUAUUUUUCAGUCUUCAAAGGGCACAGAAGAUAAAGCUAUUUCCCUGCUUGCACUCAACAGCUUCAUCCGUGAUCCUGAGGGGAUGCAUGAUCUAACAGCCCACAUUAAAGAUAUCCUGAGAGGCUUAAGAGAGCUUAAGAAAUCCUCUAGAUUGGCUGUUGACAUGUUAAAACUUUUCUCAGAGGAGCAGGAAUCUAGUGCUGAAUUAUGGAACCAUAAAGAAAUUGUGCAAGAAGAUUGCAGUGCUAAUGGAGAAGUUCUGUCAAUAGUCUGCUCUGGACUCAAGGUCUUCUCUAGCCAUUCAGAUGGAACAAUCAAGGCAUGGACUCUAAAAGGCGGUCUUCUACAUCUCAUCCAAGAAACUCGAGAACACGCCAAGGCAGUUACCAGCUUGGCCAUUUUACACUCAACAGAGAAGCUAUACAGUGGCUCACUAGAUAGAACAGUGAGGGUCUGGUCAGUCACCAAUGGAGGAAUACAGUGUGAACAAGUCCACGAAACGAAGGAUCAUGUCAACAAACUCGUCGUUUCCAACACCAUAUCAUGCUUCAUUCCACAAGGAGCUGGUGUCAAGGUUCACUCAUGGAGUGGAGGAUCCAAACUGCUAAAUCAACAAAAACAUGCCAAGUGCUUAGCUCUUGUUAAUGAAAAAGUGUACUGUGGCUGUUAUGACAACAGCAUUCAGGAAAUUGAUUUGGCCACAGGAGCAAUCCACUCAAUUCAAAGUAGCUUAAGAAAGUUACUAGGAAAAUCAAGUCCCAUUUAUGCAAUACAAGUGUCUGAGGGACUAAUAUACUCAGCAGGUUCCUCCAUGGAUGGAGCAGCAGUGAAGAUAUGGGAUGCUUCGACUUACAGGAUGGUGGGAUCACUGGCAUCGACGCUGGAAGUUCGAGCAAUUGCAGUGAGUUCAGACUUAAUAUACUUGGGCUGCAAGGGAGGGGUAGUGGAAGUUUGGUGCAAAGAGAAGCACACAAGAGUUGAAGCAUUACAGACAGGUACAAAUGGCAAAGUUCUUUGCAUGGAUCUUGACAGCAAUGAAGAGCUUUUGGUGAUUGGAACAGCUGAUGGCAAAAUUCUGGCAUGGGGUUUGAGCUGAGAGGUGGAUGUGUAAAUUAGUUUAGGAGAAAAGAUUCAGAAAGUAUGAAGGUAAGCAUUAUAGCCAAUAUUCUUAACCAAGAAAUAAGCAAUGUCCAUAGUAGAGCUCAGCUUUUUUCUGUGAAAUGUAUACACUGUUCUGUGGCCCAAAUCAUAAUAAUAAAGUUUUUGGGGUUUUAUCUUUCA